CAGCCAAAGCCUUAUCCAAGUGUCCAGCUAUUCCACUAAUCCACUCACCUGCGGCCGCCUGAAGUCCUUAUGCGAACACGGAGGUCGAAGAGGAGCCUGGCAGCCUGCGACGAUACGACGAAGACUGAAGACGCUGUGAACUGCGAACACCAGCCGACCUGCAGCCACCAUCCGCGGCGCCGGACGCCGUCUACCACUCGUCCGUCCUUUCUCUCCGGCUCUCCGCUCUGCCUGUAGCUCCUGAGCUCCAGCCUCUAGGAUUGAACUGCAUAUGUAACUAUUAUCUCUCUCUGGGUUGAAGAUUAUUUUUGUCUAUAUGUGGACCUGUGUGAAACCAAAAAAUAUAUUAAGAGAAGGCAGCUCGGUCAACCAACUGAGAAUUCUAUCCUUGCAGGUUGGAUAUUUUCGACAUUCUCAUUUCCAGACAAAGACGCAAACUGGUUCUGAUGAUGUUUCAUGUUCAUCAAUAGAAUUUGCCAAAAGAAAGGUUCAAAGCAUCGUUGGGAUUUUCUGGGAUUUGGGUAACAACAAACCACCAAAAACAUUACCUCCUUUUGAGGCAGCUACAAAGAUAAGAAAGGCAGCAGAGCAGUUCGGGUUUGUUAGGUAUAUGAUAACCUAUGCUAAUGAACAUGCACUCAGUUAUGUUCCACCUGUUGUAAAGAAGAAGAGGAAAGAACGUAAAGUUUCAAAUGACUUGGAGUAUACCUGUAGGGUGUGCGGGAGGAGGUUUUAUACUAACGAGAAGUUAAUAAACCAUUUUAAGCAAAUCCACGAGUGUGAGAAUAUGAAACGGGUGAAUCAGAUUGAGAGUGCAAGAGGGAGCAGGAGGGUGAACUUGGUGGCAAAAUACGCAACAAAGAUGCAUAAGUAUAAGAGUGCAUCUAGAGACAUUCUGUCACCAAAAGUUGGGUAUGGUUUGGCGGAUGAGUUGAGGCGAGCCGGGUUCUGGGUUAAGUGUGUUCCAAAUAAACCAGACGCUUCAGAUAUUGGUAUAAGGGACCAUUUGUUGGAUAUGAUGGACAAAAAGAUGGUAGAUUGUGUGCUUCUUAUAUCUGACGAUCCGAAUUUCGUGGAGGUUUUGGAGGAGGCAAAGUCGAGGUGUUUGAGGACGGUGGUCGUUAGUGAUGUCAGAGAAGGGGUCCUCAAGAGGACCGCUGAUGCUUCAUUUUCAUGGGAGGAGGUACUGAUGGAGAAGGCUAAGAAAGAAGCUGUCGCGGUUGUGGGUCGGUGGAAGGACCGCGAUGUGUUGAAAACAUUGGAAUGGACUUAUGAUCCAGAGAGAGACAGAAAAUACUAUUUAUUAUCUGACAUUGAUAGUGAGAACUGGUCUGAUGGGGAAAAUGGUGAUGAUCAUUUCCUGCAGAAGGAAGACAGUGGAGCAUGGUGGGAGCUGGACUCUUAGACUGCAAACAUGAACGGAUGACCAUCACAGUCAUUUCAAAGAUAUACUAGGCUCCGUUUUGUAUCCAUAAUUGGCUUAAUCUGAUUAUUCUUUACUAAAAUAAGUAGCUUUCCCUUACUUGGCUGAAAUGGAUGUGGUUGUUUCCAGAAGCUUUUCCUUUAAAAACAUCACCCUGUUAAACCAUUUUAGCCACGCACAGCCUUUACCUAAAGGCCGUUGUACAUGAAGAAACUCAAGUGGCGGGCUAUUGAAACAUAUGGGGUCAUUGUGCAUGAGCUAAGACAAGUCCGUCUCAAGAACAUAAUGUUGGUGAUGAUAAUGUUUCUGUUUCUGUCACAACAUGGUUCAUGAAAAGGUAGAGUUUUUCUAGCUAGAGUGAAUAUAUAGUUUUAUUGGUGAGUUAGUUGAGUUCUACACUUCUACCCCCCCCCCCCCCCUGACAAUCUAUGCUUUACGUACUAGACUUCGACUGCCCAGCACAAUAUCCAGAAGAGCAAGGAUGUCACAGGCUGGCUCUUUAUAUGUUGUGUAUGUUAUGAUGUCCUGUUCGCCUCACUUGAAUUUUAAAAUAUAUAAGUAGUAAGCUUUUUGUGUUUCAGAUUCUGGGUUGUCUGCAGUCAAUUUGUUUUUUCUACUAUAUAAACCAUAAUUCCAACAUUAAAUUCUGAAGCAUUAAAUAUACUGUUGGGUAGACUUGAGCCCCAUUUUUACAAUAUUGAGGGUGCUUUAAAAUA